AUGCCUUCCCACGGUAAUCGAAACAAACGUCAAAGGGAUGAAAGUCACACUCCCGAACGCCCACCUAUGGAUGAGCUUGUGUACUGGAUCUGGGAAACACUCAAGGACACGGCUAAACGCGUUGCUAAUAUCGAGAACGAAGUACGAGCUACAAAUCGUGCAACGACGGGUAAAUCGCUGCAAAAGAUCUCAAACCGUUUAUCCAAACUCGAGUCCGAUAUUAACAGAUUCGACUGCCCGCAUCAAGAUAUGAUGGAGACUUUUGAGCGCUUCCGUCAAAAACUGGCCAGCAUUCAAGAGGAAGUUGCGGGCUCCAACUCCCAACCAGGACAUGUUCCAGGAUCUGACGGUACACUUCUUGCUUACCUUAAAGACCUUGGCACACAGAUGAGUGGCAUCACUGAUCGCAUGGGCAACGUCGAGGAUAGUUUGCUGAAGCUUGAGGACCGACUAUUCGGACGGUUCGAUGAGUCCGUUAAUAACGAAGCUGGCUACGUUAUGAUCAAAUUGCCCGAUGAGUCGGAGUACCGUCAAAAGCUGAAGAAGUAUUUCAUGAUCGACCUCACACAGAUGGUCCAAGCCCAGGGCGGACCUUGGAGCAAAGUCGAUACAGUCAAGUUACAAGAUUCUCGGGAAAAAGGCAAGUUCAAUCACAUGAUCAUAUCGUUCUCCGACUGGGAGACUGCAGAGCACAUUCGGAAAUACUUUGCGAAUCUGAACGAUUUGUUUGAGCUUGAACAUAGCUGCUCCUGCCUUCCUUUCAUCCACCAUCUGCACAUAGCCGACCUCGCCGCUCAUCAAAAGAUGGGGUACGACUAUAACAUGCAGAAGUUUCUCGACGAAGAACUCCGUGAACCUGGUGUCAAGGCAAAAGUUGCCUUUCAGCGGGUCAUCCUACAAACCCCGAGUUUUGAUACGGCGAGGAGACUUGUAUUGACAGGUGUCAUGGUGUACAGCCAUAAUUACAAGGUCGUGCCUUUCUGUGCUCAGGGAACCCCGCUAUUUUGCAACAACUGUUGCAAGCCCAGUCACUUCAGAAGCGAUUGCAACGCCAAGGAAGCGCGGUGUGGCCUUUGUGCAGAGGCACAUGAGUCAUUCACUUGCAAAAUUCAGAAGAACUUCAAGUGCUGUAACUGUGACGGAAACCACAAGGCGUGGGAUCCACAGUGCAAAGAUAAAAACUCAAAAGCAGAGCAUAGGAAGUCCGCGUUUUACCGACAGAAGAUUCCUCAUUGGGCGCAAGACCUUGAAUCGACAAGGUCCUUCAACAAGGCUGCCAGAGAGAAGGGGAAGACGAAAAACUCGACCCAGGGCUUUUCGAGUGUCCCUUCGUCACAGGAAUCCGCGAAGAAACCAGUCGGCAGACCACGAAAGGAGUCAGAGCCCAAUCCGGCGGGCCAAUCCAUGAUCACCUCAUUCAUGGAACGGAAGGAUGGCCAGGGAUCGCAGAACAAGGAAGACGUACCAGAUGUAAUGGAGAUAACAACGCCACCCGAUGACUUGGACAUGAAUGACAUGGGCGGUGCUUCUUCUCAACCCGGCUCUGCAAGCGAUCAUGGCUCGUCCAACUCCAACAGGCCCAGCUCUUCCCACGACAAUAUCUACGAUUACGGUACGCUCUUCGACUCAAACAUGUCGAUCACCAGCGGUCAUGAGGAUACUAAGCAGCAGAGACCUGGGUCACGAUCGAGUGAGUCUAGCAACAACCAUCGCUUCGACGACAGUAGCACGGAGGAGGCAGACGGCAACAAGAAAAAGAAUAAGAAGGGUAAGAAUGGCCAGAACAAGAACAAUCGCGACAAUGGUAAGGGGAAAGAGAACGCUACCGCUGAGCCCAAGGCUUCCACUCAGCAACAGAAGAAGGACAGCACCACUCCAUCUCGCUCUCAGAAGUCGCCCAACACGGCCGCCAGAACCCCUACAGGUAAAGGAAAAGCAGCGGCGGUGGAGAGGGAGGAGGCUCGUACAAGGUCACCCUCUGACGACGUGACUCGAAAUCAGAGCAGCAACAGGGAUAGUAGAGUAAAGAAGGACAAGGGUAAUGGCAACGGUAGCAGCAAUAGAGGCAGGAGCAGCACCCGGAGUAACACCAACACCAACGCCAACGCCAGCAGGAGCACCAACAAGAGCACCAACAGAGCCAGCAGCAGGAGGACCAACGCCAAAAACGACAGUGACAGCGACAGCGACAGCAGGACCGGCAAUAACGGCCACGCAAAGGGCGACGGGAGGGACAAGGCCGCCAACGACAAGACUAAAAAGUUUCAGCAAGCCGGAACCUCUCGUCAUGGCAAUGGCACCAAGAGCACUCCCAAGGCCAAGGCCUCUACCCGCAAUGCUUCUGUUGACAACACUCCUCUCGCUGCUCUUAGGUCCAACUCUGCCUCUAGAACUCCUGUCGGUACCCCUUCCAACGCUCUUGUCACGACUACACCUACCCCCAGCACCCUGCCCUCGACCAUGCGCGCUGGUCACCAUCGGUCUGCUUCUGGUCGCGAGAAGGGUGGACCAUCUCCCAGACCGCAAGGCUACAAGAAGAGGAAGUUGUCUCAGGGCUCAGCAAAGAGUAAGGGCAAGGAUUGA